GGCUCCCGGCUAGACUUCCGAAGCCUUGCCGAAGUUUGCCGAAUGCGCCUAUGUAAAAUCCGAGGUGUCUGCUCGCUCGCUAAGUGUAUGUUAUAGGGUUUGUUCAAGAACUGUUUUUUUACACGUGCACUGAAAGAGUUUAUGGUGUCGAAAAUUGUGAGAAGUCAUGUAGUGCGCAUUGUGAAUGUAAAAUAUAGCCGCCGGAGCCCAUAUUAUACGGAUAUUUACGCAUGAACGUAUGUGGAGUGAGAUGAAAUGUUAGGCCUAGUGGUUGGGAGAUGAUGAGAAUCAGCGUCGUUUAGGCCUAAUCGUGGGCUGUUUAUUAGUAUCCAUAACGCUGUGUUGUCCACUGGUAUGGAUCAUAUAUACAUACUUAAAUGUAUAACACCCGUGAAGUAGUUUGUAUCACAAGUGUACGCCCUGGAAACAACGCUGAGAAGCGGUAUCCGAGGUACCACCCUCUGAAGUUCCAAGUGUGAGUACCAUGUCGGCGCAUUCAACAUCUCAUCCGGUAUCAUCAUCGACGACGUUCGUGGACAAAAUUGAUCCAUUCAAGAAGGGUUCCCUCAAACGAAAACAGAGGAAAUCUCAAGGCUCAUCGCGAUAUAGGUCAGCAAAUGAUGUGGAGCUCCAGCCGCUACCUCUAUUGAAAGAUGUGGCGAGCACAGAACAGGAGGAGCUCCUGAUUCGGAAACUGCGCCAGUGCAGCGUGGUGUUUGACUUCAUGGACCCCGUGGCAGACAUCAAAGGCAAAGAGAUAAAGAGAGCCACUCUGAACGAGCUGGUGGACUAUAUCACAGCUGGACGAGGCGUCCUCACAGAGUCUGUAUACCCUGAAAUUAUUCGCAUGAUAUCAUCAAAUCUAUUCCGCACGUUACCUCCAAGUGAAAACCCAGAUUUCGACCCUGAAGAGGACGAUCCAACAUUAGAGGCCUCCUGGCCUCACCUUCAGCUUGUGUACGAGUUCUUCCUAAGGUUUCUGGAGUCCCCAGACUUCCAGCCGAGCAUUGGGAAGAAAGUAAUAGACCAGAAGUUUGUUCUACAGCUCUUAGAGCUGUUUGACAGUGAAGACCCCCGAGAACGAGACUUUCUCAAGACGGUCUUGCACAGGAUCUACGGGAAGUUCCUCGGACUGAGGGCAUUCAUUAGGAAGCAGAUUAACAACAUCUUUCUAAGGUUUAUUUACGAGACGGAACACUUCAAUGGUGUUGGGGAGCUCCUGGAAAUCCUGGGCUCGAUCAUCAACGGCUUUGCGCUCCCACUGAAGGCGGAACACAAGCAGUUUCUGGUCAAAGUUCUCAUUCCUCUGCAUAAGCCAAAGUGUUUGGGACUCUACCAUGCUCAGCUGGCAUACUGUGUUGUGCAGUUCCUGGAGAAAGAUGCAACACUUACUGAGCAAGUCAUGAAAGGUUUACUAAAAUUCUGGCCAAAGACGUGCAGUCAAAAAGAGGUAAUGUUUCUCGGAGAAAUUGAAGAAAUCCUGGAUGUGAUAGAGCCCACGCAGUUUGCAAGAAUUCAGGAACCACUCUUCAAACAGAUAGCCAAAUGUGUUUGCAGUCCUCAUUUUCAGGUGGCCGAACGAGCUCUGUACUUCUGGAACAACGAGUACAUCUUGAGUCUCAUAGAAGAGAACAACCAAGCGGUUAUGCCCAUCAUGUUUCCGGCGCUGUACCGCAUUUCAAAAGAGCACUGGAACCAAACUAUUGUGGCUCUGGUAUACAAUGUGCUGAAGACUUUUAUGGAGAUGAACUCCAAGCUCUUCGACGAGCUCACUGCCUCCUACAAGGCUGAACGACAGAAGGAAAAGAAGAAGGAAAAAGAGCGUGACGAGCUUUGGAAACGGCUUUCACAGUUGGAAGUCAACCAUCGGUCUAGGAUGGGCAACGCCACCAGGAACAACCCCUCCUCUUCUCCGCCCCCACCUUCUGCAACCAACUAGUGCCCAAUAGCCACCAUUGCAGCCACAAGCAGAAAAAAGUGAAAUGAGACAAAAACAUAAAAGAGAAACCAGAAAAGUAAAAACUGUUGAUGCUGCCGCCACCGCUCUUACACCCCCCCACACCCUCUCGUAGUCAUCGCUUCGCUUCUCUACACCAUGUUUUCUUUUCGUUUUUUUUUUUUUUUUUUCCUUCCCACCCACCCACCACAACCCAGCAGUCACCACGUUUCUUUGUGUGUUCCGUGUCCGGCCCUCCGUAGAUCUCCAGUCCUGCUAUUAUUCUAACCUAUGUUGUUGCGAUUUUUCUGUCGGCCUUAUGUUUAUUAAAGUUUUUUCCCAUCUCCGA